CUCAGGAUAUCCUUGUCUGACAAUGAUGCAUGACUUGCUCUCAACGGUCAUUCGUAUUUAGCCCUAAAUUAGCCGAAUAAAAUGGUUGCCAUCCGCCACUACCUAGAACUGCUACAAUCUCUCUUGGAUCUCUCCUAUCAGACCGUAUCCAGAGUUGACAACAUAGUUCGGCCAUACCAUGCCACAGUCAACUUCUCAUGCGCUCGCGUUCCUUGGUAAUCUGGCGGAGGCAUUAGAGUCUGACCCAAGCGGUGGCGACGCUCGCAACCUCCUAUCGUCCUUCACCGAAAACCUGCCAAUCCACAGCAGUGCGCCCAAUGAACACGACCUACUUCCGGAAUUGCAGAAAGCCAACAAACUGGCAGGGUGCAAGAUUUACGACGAGGCUCACGCUCUGUAUCUGCAGGUCGUUGCCACCAUUCUUGGUGCAGACUUCUCUGUCCCCCUGUCCCGAGACCAGGCCGGGGGAGUCAAAUGUGCAGGGUACAUGCAACUGUCUAUGGAUGAUAGAGUCAACCUCAUGGUCUGUUACAAUGGCGUCGCCAAUUGUCUGGGUGAAACGCACAAGGAAACCGAGGCACUGGACUGGUACGAAGAAGUGGACAUAUUGCACAAAAAUGCGCGCUUCUCAGCACGUCCCGCGCUACACGACUGGGAAUACUACGACCCGCAGCCGCCUCGCCAAGAGUUCUACAUGCAACGCGUCAGAGCGCUGAUGGGUGCUGCAGAACUCUACCUCCGCCUGAGGAACACAGGCGCUGCGACACAUCGCAGAUGCACGGCCGACGAGCUCGUCAAGCACGUCCCUGCCGGUGUCGACACCCGUGCUUUACGCGUCCUCUGCCCGAUGGACGUCGUGACGGGGAUGAUGCAGUUCCGGCAUCCCGAGCCGGAGCUGCUGAAACAAUGGGAAGCGCUGAACAAGGACCUGCAAGUUCGCGGUUCGUGGCAGAAAAUGAAGGUUGCCAAGAACAUACCUCCGCGCAUGGGCUUCGCGAGCUUCAUCUGGCACGGUCGUCUGUACAUCUGCGGCGGGAUGAAGAGCGGCACGAUGGAGAUAUACAACGACUUCUACUGCAUGGACCUGAGGAAGCAGCCCGGGACAUGGCGCGAGCUGCCGCGCUACCCCCGACCGGUCUUCCUCAACCUGCAGCUGGCCAUCCACAACGGCAAGGCGUACUGUUUCCGGGGCGCGCCGCGCGUCGACUACUUCGACCUCCACACCGAGCGCUGGGGCACGGUGCUGACGAGCUGGGUCGACCGCUCCGGCAAGCGCGGGCCCUGGCCGAUCGCGGACGACGAGCUCUCCGACUACGCGAUGCACGUCGUGGACGGGCGGAUGUACGUGUUCGGCGGGGCGGCGCACAAGGCGAAGAUGGGGUGCAACCUCUUCGCCGUGCUCGACUUGGGCACGAGGAAGUGGCAGCGGCUCUCGGGCGUCGCGAAGAUCCCGGAGGCGAAUCCUGAUGAGCCUGGGCCGAGGAAGUACGUCGCGAGCUGGGUGGACGGGAAGAAUGAGAAUCUCUACCUGCUGCAGGGCAUGGCGGACAGGGCGGCUUCGGAGAUGUUCCACCAGGCACAUGCAGCCUGCGACUCGCACGGAUACGAUGACUUUUGGAGCUGGAAUAUCAAGGAGCGUAAGUGGCGGAGGGAGAAGAUGGUCGGGAACGUACCCUGUCCGAGGACGGAGAUGGCCUGCACAUACAGCCCGAGCCUGAACUCCACGAUCGUCUACGGCGGCUACAACCCCGAGAUCCCAACGCUCUUCGCCGACUCGGGCCUCUGCUUCAGCUUCACCUAUUACGCCGACACCUUCGUGCUCGACCACUCCUCGCCGUCGCCGCGCUGGCGGCACGUCGUGCACCAAGGCUUCCCGACCUACCGCGCGCAGAGCACGUUGCUCACGGACCCGGACACCGGGCGGGUGUACCUCUUCGGCGGGUACACGAACACGGACCAGGUCCCUUCGGGCAAGCACGGGCACACGCGGAGCUUCUGCGACCUCUGGCAGCUCCGCCUAGACGUGCCCGGCGGCCAUUUCGAAGAGGUGAACGUCGCGGAUGAGGAGCGCAAUGCACGGCUCGGGCCGUGGCAGCGCUGCUUCAACUGUGGGAACGCGGGGAUGUGGCGGAAGUGCGGAGGGACUUGCAAGGGCCGCGCGUUCUUCUGCGACGACGCGUGUUUGAAGGAAGGUUGGAAGGAGCACAAAGCGCUGCACAACUGUGGCACCCGGAAGAAGUGAGCUCUUCGCUGGCUCGCGCUGCGGCACCUUCGUCUUGAAAAGUCCGAUGCAAACGUUCCAAGACAAACAAUUGCAGCAAACCUACUUAUAGCUCGGACCCGCGACGUCUACAUACGACCCGAAUACAUGCGAGCAGCUUCGACCCUCUUUGUCCUUGGUAGUGCUCCCCCUUCGCUGAAUGGGCCUCAUUAUUAGGCUUAUAAUAGCUGAUGACAAUGACUGGCGGCAAGUACUUUGACCUAAUAAUCCGGUGUGUC